AUGGACAAAAGAGAGAUAGCAUCGAAAGGCCAAGCUCUACAGAAAGCAGUCGCUGGCAAAGAACCGACGUCGAACCUUCUCGCCAUCCUCAACGACCUCAAAGCGAAUGUCCGCCCCACCGAGCAGCUUCUGCGCGAGACCAAUAUCGGUAGAAUAGUAAACAAGGUCAAAGGCGUGCAGGGUCUCGAUCCGCAGGUCGCACAACUCGCCUCCGAGAUCAUCGGCAGAUGGAGGAACGUCGUCAAUGCUGCCAAGAAUACUUCAGGGACUUCUACGCCAACAAAUGUCGCGAAAACGAACGGCACUGCUCCCACCUCGAAACCAGCGACGCCCACCCCCAAGGCGAGUUCACCUACAGGGGUAGAUCCGGCUAAGCGCACCAAGGUGACCGACAAAGUCAACUUGGAACUCUACCCCAACGACAAGUCCCGCAACAAUUGCGUAGGAUUACUCUACGACGGUCUUGUGCAGAACACAACCUAUGAGGCUCAAGUCGUGCUCGACAAAGCGAUAGCGAUUGAGAUUGCGGUGCUCACCAAAGUCGCUAGCUCCGACUCGUCUUCGGCAUCAUACAAGGAGAAGAUCAGGUCACUUUACCAGAACUUCAAGAACAAAGCUAAUCCCGAAUUACGACACAAUGUCAUCAAGGGUGAAGGCAAGUUCAAGGUGGACUCCCUCGUCAAACUCGAUGCUACACAACUGAAGUCGCAGGAGCAGAAGGAAGAAGACAGUAAGCUCGAGAAGCAGAACUUGGCAGAUGCGAUGGUGGCGCAGGAAGAGGAAAGUAUCUCCACCAGUCUAGAGUGUGGGAAGUGCCACGAGAAGAAGGUCAGCUAUCGACAGGCCCAAACGAGAAGUGCUGAUGAGCCGAUGACGACGUUCUGCAAGUGCCUCAACUGCGGUAACCGCUGGAAGUUCUCCUAG